ACUUGUUUUAUUGUUUCGAGUCUUUGUAUUGUUCGAAGGACACUUUCCACCCACAAUGGCGCAUUUAUUGACCAUCGGUAACCUGAAGGGUCUUUUUGAACCAGUUGGCGGUGCAUUUGUUGCCUUUUUGUUUUGGAUUAUUUUCCAGUGUGUGUUCAAACUGGAUUUUAAGUGCCCUUGCGACCCUGAUGAAAAUACCCGCGUCUGCAUGAUUUACAUGGCUUUGCCUGCGAUCUCGCUUUUCAUCGUACUGAUGAUUACAGAGAAGCGCAUAAGGACUAUUUUCUGCAGCAAGGAAACAAGAACAGCAAGCUUCAGCGUUUUCAUUUUUUUAAUGUCAGCAAUUAAAGGACUCUCUGUAGCAUGUCUGUGGAUGAUUACGGUACUGAUGGAUGAGGACUGGUACGUGUGCCUUACAACAACUAACUAUGACUUGCCUCCCUGCGAGCAAACCUUUUGCAAAAGUGUCAAAACCUCUGCUGAAACUGCAACUAUCAGAGUCAAAAGAUGUUUUUCACGAGAGAUGGCCAUGUAUGUUUUAUUUGGAGUAAGUAUCAUUUGGGCAUGCACAACUAUAAGACAGUGUCACUACGAGAAGCCACUUGCAUAUCAAUAUAACAAGUUUCUGCUGGACGAGGCUAACCUCUACAUAACAGAGGAAUUGCAAAAACUGGCUAAAGACAAUGCAGUGAAAAGAGGAAAGAAACAAAUACAGGAUUUGAAAGCUUUUUUACAUCUGGAUGUUUCAGAAACAGGCAAACAGCAGCCCCCCUCAAACGCGUAGGGGUCCACCGGGGGCUGCAUCUGAACAAGCAAAUGAAAAGACACACGUACAUUUCAAAGCCGGUGAUCGGCAUCUACAAGAUGAAAUGCGGAAAGAUGGUGUAAUUAUGCAUUACAUUAGUAUAAAAGAAAUCAUGGGUUACAGUUUAAAACCAUUGCAUUCAGCUAGACAACUCUUCUGAACUCUUCCAAACAAAAUUGCUAAUUUCCUACAGAAUUGUACAUUUAAUUUUUAAUUCAUUCACUCAGUUAUGCAAUUGAAUGAGUUCGAUGAUUGAUGUUCUUUGCUGUUCUCACGACAGCUAAAGGAUUCUUUGUAGAUACCUGUGUGUGUGUGUGUUCAUACAUUUGUGUUGGUUUUUACUUCAUUUCUUUCAUAAAUCAUAAAUUCAUUAAUCUACAAUCAUACUGUACAUGAUUUGAGCACUUUAUUAUUCCAUUAAGCCAUAAACCAUUAAUUUACUAAAGUUUAUGUAAUAUUUUAUUCUACACAAUUUUUCCAUUGUUGUUUAGUCUUAUGUUUGUGUGGUUUCAAGGAAUAUUAUGUCUUCAGGAGUGGGAUUAAUAUUAAUAUUUCUGUCAAAGGGCAAUGUUGUAAAGGUGUUCAUUUCCCAUAUUGCGUAACACUUUUUGGAUUCGUGUCGAACAGAUGAAGUCUGAGCACUGAAACGUAGCUAGACAGCUGUUCAAUAAACUCAUUUUUACCAUAA